UAUAGCAAAUUAUAGCUUCAUAUAAUUAAUUUCUUGAACUUGAAACUUAGAGAGGAAAAAUGGGUUGCUUAACAAUUGUAAAUCUAUUGUUAAGGAUUGUUUCACUUUGUUGCUUGGCAACAUCAAUCACAAUUCUCACUACUGCCUCCUCUCAUAUGUCUGUUGCUUCCUUAUUUCACAAAGAUGUUGAAGUCAAAUUUGGCUUUUCUGAUUUCUAUGCUUAUCGUUACAUGCUUGCUUGUGCUGCUGCUGGAUUUGUAUAUUCUCUCCUACAAACAGCAUUUGCAAUAAUCCAAGUGAAGACUGGAGAUUGCGUCUGUGAUAAACUCAUUCACUUUGACGUAUAUGCUGAUAAGAUAAUGUCGAUGAUAGUGGGUACGGGUGCAGCAGCAGGGUUUGGUUUGACGGUGGAUUUGAAUUGUUUGCCUAAUCGUGCAAUGAUCACCGUUGAUUUUCUGAACAAAGAAAACGUAGCUGCUAGCUUUUGUCUCGGCGGAUUUGUAUGCACAAUGAUUUCAUCAUUUAUAUCAUUAAAAAUCUUUAAGGAUGAUUACUUGUAUGAAUGCUAGUAGUUAUUUAGUUAGUUUUAAUUUCUUUUGUCGGCCUUCUUAGAUUUUGUAAAACAUCUUCGUUGGAAGAGUAAUCUUAAUUUAUUUGUUUUAAAGUUUUACUAUAUAUGUUUUCGUUUA